GGAAUAUCCAAUUCUGUCCGAGCUGAAAUGAGGGAAGCUUUAACAGGCCUUCCAUCUUGGAUUCUAGACAGGGCAAACUCUUUCAUUGCUCCAUUGCUCCCUUACAAUGGACCUGACGUCAAAACUCCACUCACAAAGCAAUCGCCAUCCCCCAAGGUCGAACUAGAUCUCUCGGAUCAGACAAAGGCAUCAGAUUCUUUCCAGGCCUUUUAUUUCUCGUUAGAGGAGGAAAUGAGGCAAAAAGAAAGAGAGAGCGAAGCUUCAGAGAAGAAGACUGGACGUCAAGAUGUAGCCGCUGCAGAAGAACGAAGACUCCAAACGGUUGAACGUAAAAUUUCAGAUGAUGCUUCCCACGACGAAGCUCUGGCUUCUAGAAUAGCCGCUCUGAAUAUGCUGGACCUUGGUUUAGAGCAUUUGGGCAUAGACGUCGGAAAGGCAAAACACGGCGUCCAAGCAGUCGUCACAACGGUUGGGCGAGCGACAAUCGUCGCUGCACACACCGCGGCUGUGGAAGGCCUUUCCAAACUCCCUCCCAUUCGACUAAAACCUGACGAUGAAAUCGUGGAUGAACCAACGCCAUUGGCCGCACACUUCAAACAGAAUAGUCCGGCUAUGGAAGCCAAAUCCUUUAAUCCGCCAGAGGUCAUCCUUACUACAUUACCCGAAGAGUCGUCUACGGAGGCUCCACCAUUGCCAAUUCAGGAACCUGUUGCAGAUCCACUAUCCCCAAUAUCACCUGUUCAAUCGCCUUUACCCGAACGAACCUCAUCUCCUACACCCGUUGCAUCUGAUAUACUGUUGCCCUUUAUCAUUUAUUCCGUGGUCAAGGCAAAUCCUUCAGAGUUGGUUUCUCAUCUCCUCUACGUCCAACGAUAUCGUAUGCGAGCUUCAGCAGGUGGUGAAGAAGGCUUUUGUUUGAUCAACCUCUUGGCCGUUGUCGAAUUCCUUGAGAAUGUAGACUUGGCUGCACUUGGCUUGGCCGAUAGCGCAAGG